UUUCGCACAGCUGUUCAAUGUGCAUCUCGCGUUCACGUCAAUGACGUCAAUUUGCACUUGUGUAAUGCCAGAGGUUUGGAAAUGCUCUCUAUCUCUCUCUCUAGGACCUAUGUAUGGAUGGGUACAUAUUUACAUUCAGCGGAUUUGAACUGGUUCAACUGCACGUUAUUUUAGAGGGUGAAAUCAAUUAGGACUCAAAGGCAAACAGUGCUUUAAACAGAUAGAUAAUUGCUAUCAAGCCCUUGAAGAUCAGUAAAAUUGUACGACGUGAUUUCGGGUCAGGAGUAAAGGACAAGAAAUUCCAGGAUGUCAAAUGGACCGAAAACAAAAGAAGAACCUCCACAAGUUUCGGAAGUUGUUCAAAAAUUUAUCCAGCGUUUCCAAAAAUCCCUCAAGAGUGAAUCAGCUUCAUCGACCCAGACCCUCUACAAAUACAUUUCCGACAAGCUGGUCUUAUGUGAGUCAAGUGCCAUCGCAGAACUCGUGGAACACGAGAAAUUCUUCUUGAUGCUCUACGAACAAAUCUACUACCGUCAAGUUCACAAUUCAAAAAAGCCGCCGACAUUAAACCAACGAAUCAAAUCCUUUGGAAACUAUCAGAAUCUCUUUCACAAUUUUCUAGAACAAAAAGCAUCUCUAAAAUUGAUAUUGCCAGAUCAGUGGCUCUGGGAUAUUGUCGACGAAUUCGUAAGUCAAUACGAAUCCUUUUCUCACUACCGAGAAAAUCUAAAGAACAAAAGAGAGGAUGAGAUAGAAUCUUUGAAAGCCAAUGAAAACCUAUGGGACCUUUUAUACGUUUUAGAAACUCUGUUUAAGUUACUAAAUGCAGCAAAGACUGUAAUCAAAUAUAAAACUCCUUUACCAAGCCGCUUACUUUACAUUAAACUUGGCCACUUUGCCAUUUAUGGUCUUCUUCGAGUUCACACAUUGCAAGCAGAUUAUUUAAAUGCUAUUAAAAUUUUGGACGAAAGACGCCUCUUCCCAACAAAAAUGAGCAAAACUGUAUUCUCAAGUAUAGCAGGUUGUCAAUUCUCAGUAGCAUAUCACGCCAGUUUUUCCUAUGUGAUGAUGAGAAGAUACGUUGAUGCAAUCGACAUCAUUGUUAACACUUUAGACCACUUUCAGAAAAGCAUUCAAGUGUUUAACGAGCAAAGUUAUCAGAAUGACAAAAUUAGAAAAUACGUAAAGAAAAUGUUAAAUCUUCUCUGCAUUUGCUUCGUUCUGCGCCACAUACUUCAAACAGUAACACAUUUUUAUAUUAGCAAAAAUGUAAUUAACAAACUCAUGAAAGGCAACAAAUGUGAUAAAAGAAUCAACACCUUGGAAGAUCAACUGGAUAAGAUGCACCGCCCUGAGUUCAAAUCAUGCUUUUUAGAGUCUAGUCCUGGAUUCGUUCUGCCAAAAGCUCCGAACUUGGAAGAACUUGGGGAGGAUCACAGCAAAGUGGCCACUGAAUAUCAAUUAAGCAUUUUCAUGAACGAGCUCACGUAUCACCAUUUAAUACCGUUUGUGAGAUUCGAAAUGUUUGCAGAAUAUGCUUCGGGAAAAUAUAUUUAUUUAUUGCCUUUUGUAAAGGAUUUUGUUUUGUGGGAGGUCAUGGAUCAAGCUAACGUAGACUUUUCUGAAAUCCAGGCUAGUUUAGAACGCCCAAGCGAUGUGCUCAAAGCAGAAGGAAUUAAACAUUUCCUUCGAAUAAAGCACAAACUAACAAAUGCUGUGAGGACAGUGGAUCCAAUGUCCUCUGGCUUAGAUUGCACGCUUGAAACAUCUUCUGGGAAUGAUUUCUACAUAGACCGAGGAGCCAUUGAAGUUAUUGGAGAUGCAUUUUUCGAGCGGGAAGAAGAUUAAAAAGCUGCAACUACGUAUUAAAUUUUAAGUUAUUCUAAAAUAUUCCUUUGCUAUAAAAUUUGAUAAGAUGUAAAAUUUUAGAACUGUUAAAGUGAUCAGUACUGUUAGGUAGUUUUGCCAUGUUUGUAUUUUAAUUUAUGUACUGAAUUCACUUUUAACGGUUAUUUAUCCUGUAAAAAUAUUACGCUAUUUUUAUAUACGUAUACAUAAUUUUUUACAUGCAUGUUAAUGCGUAUUACCCAAAUCAUUUGUGAGUCAGAGUAUUUUAGGAACAACUAAUUCAGGAUGUUUUCCAUUCUGGAUAUUUCUAUAAUUUAUUUUUCCAAUAAGCAUUUUUUUAAAUAUCCUGAAUGAAUUAACCAUAAAAUGCAAAAUAAUAGUACAAACCUGAAACCAUUGUAUUUUGUUUAUCUUUUGUAGACGUCUCAGGCUCAGCUCAAGAAUAAAAGACCUUUUAUUUAUAUAAAUUAACUAUUUGGUUUGGAAAUAUUGUGUGCUUUAUAUUGAAUUAAUUCUCAAUUUAAUUGAAAUAGAAUAUAAAAUUCAUCUUUAAACAUUUUUAUUUUGAAAUUCUUAAACUCUUCAGUCAAAAAUGUUAUAUUAUUUAGGAAAAGUAUUAUUAUACAUGUAUGGCAUUUCAGAGUUUUUAAGAUUCUAAAUCUGUAAAGGACAUCUGACUUUGUUUUUUGUAUUUUUGUAAGAAAAAUUCCAAUAAAAAGACAUAUUUUCUUAAA